AAGUCUCGACAGCAGAUCCGGAUCGGCCUGCGAAUCACCCAUUUCCACAAGUUCCCAAAUUCCGUAUGGAUCGUUAACAACGAGGCAGCAAAUAAACCCCCAACUCCAAUCGAUCAUUCCAAGGCUUAAAAUCGCUUCGAUUGCUGGCUUCAGUUUUUAAGAAAAAUUUAUCAAUUCUCAUUUAUCAGCUGGGUUUUGGCUUGCGACCUUGAAUUGUCUAUUUUCUGAAGAACCAAACAAUGGAUUGUGCGCUGAAGAUUUCAUCAAUGGCCUUGCCUGUUCCUUCCUCACUCAGUUCUCACAAUCUUCACAGGUUUUCAUGGUUUGGUCCAAAAGGAAAAGAACCCAUUACGAAAAUCCAUGCCUUCUCCAAUAAUGGCGCUGUUUCUUGCUCCCAAGGGGCUUCAUCUAGUUCAGUUGGGGAUAUUAACAGGCAAAGAAGCAGUCUUGAUAAUUUGUUUUGUUAUGAUAAGGCUAUUCCUGAGGAAAUAAUUGAGGAGCCAAUCGGUUUAUCUUUGGCUGAGAAAGUUAUUGGAGAUAACCCCUGCUGCUCUGGUUGCCAAGCCAAAGGUGCUGUCCUAUGCAGCACAUGCUCUGGUUCUGGCCUGUAUGUUGACUCUAUAUUGGAGAGCCAGGGAAUCAUUGUUAAAGUCAGAUGUCUUGGUUGCGGUGGAACUGGUAACAUUAUGUGUUCAGAAUGUGGAGGCCGAGGUCAUCUUUUCCGCAAGUAAUUAUUAAGAUACAAAUGAUUGAGCACAAGGUCUUGCUGAGCUGAGUUUUGGCAAUUCAAUGAUUAGUGUGUUAAUUGUUACCGUUGAGGUUGUGAGGUGGCCGGUAGCUUAUUUGUUCAGAAUAUGGUGGUCACGGUCAUCCUUGAUGAACAUAUGUUACACUUCUUUUAUUUGUUUUAUGUAUUAUACUUGUAUGGUGUAACACUCAGUAGGGAAAUUAACAUUGAAAACACACCUACUGAAGACAUGCCUUUUUCCUUGGUGAGGAAUUUUGUUUGAUUCAUGUAUGACAAAUAAGCUAUACAGAAUAAAGAUUUUAUUGUAUCCAAACAGGUUAAUUUUUAUUAAGGGUAUCUUUACCUUGUUCUCUAAA